CACUGAGCCAGGCUCAGUUGCCUUCUGCAUUAAGACUUGUGUGGUGCGUUUAGCGAGAAUCAACUUAUAUCGCCCGUAUAUUUUCAAGACAAACUUGUCAUUUUUGUAUUUCGUGGUUUGCGGCGUCCACUAAAAAGUCAUGGACGAAUUUAUCAAAAUAAAGACUGAUUGUUUAGCAAAGAAAAUAAAAUGGUGCGAUCCUGACUUCCCUCCAGAAAUAACAUCUUUAUUUUAUCACCAGGUUCCCAAUGUCGAAUUCGAGUGGAAGAGACCGGCUGAUAUACAUGAAAGUCCGGUUUUUUUUGAUGACACGUUUGACGGUUUUGAUCUCGAUAAAGGCCCACUCGGAGAUUCGUGGCUAAUGAGUUGUAUGGAGGUUCUCCACAAGUUUAAAGGGAUUUUCAAACAUGUUGUGCCGGUAGACCAAGACUUCCGUUCAAAUUAUGCCGGGAUAUUCAGAUUUCGUAUUUGGUGGAACGGGAAAUGGGAAGUGGUAAUGGUUGAUGACAGAUUACCAACUGUGAAUGGAAACCUCGUUUUCACAUACAACACUCACGGCAAUCAGUUAUGGGCGGCCCUAUUGGAAAAAGCUUAUGCAAAAUGGCUCGGUUCUUAUGAAGCCCUUAAAUAUGGCAAUGAAAACGACGGUCUUAUGGAUCUCACUGGAGGCAUAGUUGAAAGUAGUUCAUUGCCACUACUUAGCCAAGUGGAAUUAUUACAUAAAUUUUUAAAUUCAGUUUCAUCGAUCGCUCUUGCAUAUGCUCCGUUAGGACCUGGCCCAUUUGAAUCCAUUACGAAUUCUAAACUAUUCUUUAUAUACGAAAUAGAUAAAGUUCAGACCUCAGACGGUUUUAUCUAUAUAGUUCGUAUAGUAGUACCCAACUUACUUCUUGAUGUAAAGGAGUGUAAUCGAUACAUCGAACGUAAUUAUAAAGCCAUAUGGGAUACCUUAUCGGCAUCUAAGAGAAAUGAAAUAUUUUCAAAUGAACAGGGAUUCUGGGUACCAUUUAGCGAACUUGAAAAAAUUAUCAUUUGUAUGCGAUUAUUACACUUUGAUAUACAAUGUUGUCUAUUAGAACCCACAAUAAUGUACAAAAACAAAUGGUUUUCACAAACACGCCAAGGAAACUGGAUAAAGGGAGUCACUGCUGGAGGUUGUACGAACAAUACUGAUACAUUCCACUUAAACCCACAAUACCAAGUUGUUAUAAAUAAGCAGACUCCAGUUAUUAUAUCCAUUCAGCAGAGCAAUUUAUUGGAGUCGCAAGUUAUUGGCUUUACUGUUUAUAAGCUAAGAGAAACCAUAAAUGAAAAAGCAUCCGCCAGCUUAUUAGACAACAUGGAAGGUUCACUAAAUGGUUACUAUUCAAAUGCUCGCCACGUUAGUGCUAUGGCCGUCGUUGAUCCUGGCAACUAUCUAGUUGUACCAACGACCUAUGAACCUCGUAAAGAAGGCAGGUUUACAAUUAGAAUAUUGUCAUUGAAACCAAUAUUAGUAUCAACUGAAAUGGACUUCCGCGCACGUGUACUUAGGCAAAUUGUGUUUAAAGUAGAUUCUUUAAAAAAUGGUAAUAUUUUAAAACCAUACAACAUAUUGUUCCUUCAAUCAGCAGAUGAAGAUAAAACUGUAGAUGCCUUUGGUCUCCAAGAUGUCCUAGAAAAAUCAUUGCCAAACGACUUCAUACGAAGUUGUGCCACAAUAGAAACUUGUCGGCAAAUAAUAUUAGGUAUGGAAACGCCAAUCAAGAAAGACCUCACAGGUCGUAUUCACUUAAAAAGCUAUCAAAAUUUAUUGAUCAGCCUUUGGUAUUGGGAGGAAAUAUUUAGUUUACAUACCAAAAAAACUAGAGGAGUACUUGUUGUGGAAAAACUUCAUGCUGCUUUAUCCAAAGUUGGCUUUAGACUUAGUAAUAAAUUAAUGGCAAUUCUAGUGUUCAAAUACAUGAGAAGGGAUGGUACACUCCGAUUUGGUGACUUUGUCUCUGCAAUAUUUUAUUUAAAGACAAUUUGGCACCUGCCAGAAGGCUUCUAGCUUGCCAUAGGUAUAAAAAAUAUAUAUAUUCUAUUUAUCUAUUAAAACACCAGCUAUGCCAGCUUAAAUGUAAAUAUUUAAAAUUAAAAUUGUGAGAUAUACCUAUUAAAUUUAACUAUUUAUUGCAGUUAAGUUUUUUUAUUGAGAAUAUUAAAAAAAUAGCAACUAAGAAUAAUCACAAGACUAAUAUAAUUCACAAUAUAUAGAGCAUUAAUCUGGCAUGGUCUUUAAAUUGUCUGUGAUUUUAAAUGCUUUUGAUAUAAAAAUAAUUAAGGAAUCAAAUGGUGCAUGGAUGUGAUAAGGUGUACACAGGCAUGUAGCCAUAGGUUAUUAAAAUUGUGAUUCUUAUUUAAGUAUAUAUACCGGUUGUUUUCAAACAAAAUUCCCAGGCUUAAAAAUUGGAAUGCGUUUGCAUAUGAACUUGUGAAUUCUACAAUUUUUAAGACUUGCCAAGGCAGAAAAUAUAUAUGGCUAGUUUGAUAGUAAAAAUCCCAAUGGUACCAGAUUUGCAUUUGUACAAAUUACCAAAUAUAUUAUAAGCAACCAAAUAAGGCAGAUUUUUAAACAGGGUUUACCGCUAACAUAGUCUAAUUGUGUUUAUUUAAUUUCUAGACACAUUUUUUUUAAUAAAUCUUAUUUGUCUAAAAUUGUUUUUCUUUAACC